AUGUCGUUCCUUCUAUCUAUCAUCCUCAUGGCCUCCAUGGUCGCCGCCCAGGCUAAUCACGUCAUCCACGGCUUCGAGUACUUCGGCUGCGUCAACGCCUCUGCAGCUAACUUCGUCGCCUUCGUCGGCUUCCCCUCGGCCUUUACUCCGGAGCAGUGCCAGUCUGCCUGCAUGGGAUUUGACCAGGCCGCUGCCUUUGCCGAUGGCUGUCGCUGUGGACGCAACCUCGAGAACCUCGCCAAGGUCGACGAGUCCUUCUGUGCCAACCCCUGCAACGGCAAUGCCAACUUCGGCUUCUGCGGCUUCAACAGCGCAACUUGCAGCUACGCCAAUGUGUACCAGGCUUGCGACGAGUUCCCGUCUGCUCCCACGCUCCCUGCUUCCAAUCCUCCUGCUUCUUACACCCUGGCCACGGACCCCGCCGCGUCUCCGGCCUCUCCCCUCAUCACAUACUCUACCGUGAAGCUCCCGACUAUCACUCGCACCCUGAAGUUGGCUACCAGGUCUACUCUUGUGGUCCAUACUGUUGCGGCGGGAGGUCAGUCAAGCUCCUGCACCUUGGACGACGAUCAUACUCCUGCUCCUUCCCUCCCUGCUAUCAGCGGAGUGCCCACGGCCCCGAUCGUUGUCGUCCAGACAGUCUACGUCCACAUGCCGCCGAAGAGCUCUGCUGGAUCUCAGAACUGCGACAAUCUUCAGUCCGAUCCCACUGUGGCUCCCCAGCCGCCCGCCGAAACGACUUUGUGGCCUCCUCAGACAGCAUCCGGCAGUCUCCAGGCAGACCCUUCUGUUGCGACACAGACACCAGCUGAGUCAACCUUGUGGCCUCCUCAGACGGUCACCAAGAGUCUGAGCAGCAUCUCGUUGAUGCCAUACGGAGACCCGCCUGUUCCUGUUCCAGUUGGCUCCGGCCUUGUUCCGAGCAACGCCACCAUCACGACCAGCCCCGAUGGCCCGAUGUUCCGUACCAUCUUGCCGGAGGAUCCCGCUGGUACGGCGACCGAGAUCGUUCCCGCCGUCGUCACCACGGCUCAAGCUCACCGUAUUAACGCCGGCAUGGCUGGCGUCAUGGCGAUGGCCUUCGUUGCUGUCGGAAUUUGA